AUGGAAUGGAAGAAUGAAAUGGCGUACGCUAUGACCCCUCUCAAAAUCUUAACUGUACCUAUAGGUGGUUGGCCUCUGCAAAAAUACAAUAAGUUUGCUUUAGCUCGCCAUAUCUUGUCUACUUGCGGGUUGAGCGUGAUGGUGAUCGUACAAGGUCUCGAGCUCUAUUACAAUUGUACCGGUGCGUAUGCGAAUCUUGAUGCUCUUACGCUUUUGGCAUGCGGUAUUCUUGCUUUGUUAAAAAUAAUAUGGUUCCGCAUAUACGCCGAUAAUCUGAUUUGCAAUUACUCUUCUGCUAUGAACGAUUAUGUCGCAAUCGACACCGAGGAGAAGCGCGUUAUCAUGCGAAAGCACGCCUCUUGGGGAAGGAUGAUCUCGAUUAUCGCUUUGUUGAUUACUUAUAUCGAUUCACUCAUCUUCAUCGUUGGACAUGUGUCAGUGAGCAGCGAGGAAGAGAAAGUUAAUAUAACCAUUCUAGGUCAUCAAGCGGGAUACGCUGUUCCGUCGACAUGUACUUUGGCGCAUUUUCACAUCUCGAUGAGCAUGUAUUUAGUAAUUUUCGUGCUAGAAUAUAUCUAUCUGAUGGUCAUGUGCACCAGUAAUCAUGGUAGCGAUUCUCUGUUCCUCCACAUUACAUUGCAUGUUUGUGGCCAAUUGAAAAUUUUAAAGGCCAGUUUCAUCAACUUUGACGUUACAAGCCCGGAUGUUUACAAACGUUUUAGUGCAUUAAUUUUGAGACACGAUCAUUUGAUAAGAAUGGCUAGAAAGCUUGCUGAGAUAGUUAGUUUUGUUUUAGUGGUACAACUAUUUAUCAGCAGUAUGCUUAUAUGUAUAGUAGGAUUUCAAUUUAUUGUUGCAUUGACAACUAGCGAUUUUAGUAUGAUGUCAAAAAGUUUUAUGGUACUUAGUGCUUUUUUGGCACAAUUAACAGUAUAUAGUAUUGUCGGAGAUUAUUUAAAAACGCAGAUGGAAGAAGUCGCGCAGUCUGUUUAUCAGUGCGCUUGGUAUAAUCUUCCUGCGAAAGUGACAAGAAACAUAGUGUUUAUCAUGAUGUGGAACCAACUUCCAAUUAAGUUGCAAGCUGGCAAUCUUAUUGUAGACCUCGGAACUUACAUGAGCAUCCUAAAAACUUCUGCUUCAUAUUUAUCUGUUCUACGUGUAAUGAUGGACACAUAA